AGCAUACGCGAAGUUCCUCCCUCUUCAAAGGCUCUUGCAGAGAUCCUGUAAUCAUUAUUUAUGCUGUUAACCAAUCUUCGCUAUUAUAUAUUUCCUCCGAAUCUCCAAGUUACAAGCGUUUUUGUAACACACACAUAAUUCGCUUUGAUUGAACCAGCCAGCUUUUUUUAAACGACUGGCCCAGAAAAGCUACUAUGUAUCCGUAGAAGCUCUGGUGCUAUGGCUCGGGUUCACGGACUUAUCAAGGAUCAUGCGGGGUUGAGGAUUGCCGCCGGCUAAUUAACCUAACAACAGAAUAUCAACAAACCCCCGUAGCCCAGCGAAGUCUUCUAUACACUCUUUACAAAUUUUUACACAAUACUUUGAGCCUAUAAGAAGUCAUGGUCAAGCGUCCUGUCAUUGCAGUUGCAGGAUUGGCCUGUGAAACGUCUACCUUCACUCCCUCGCGAACCCUUGCGCCUGCAUUCCAUCCCCGCAGGGGAAAUGAGGUUAUCGAUGAAUACAAGUUCCUACAAACAGGCACACCACUUGGCGACGCAGCAGAAUGGCACGGUGCUUUAAUUGGUCAUGCAUUACCAGGUGGUAUGGUGACACGCGAUGCCUUCGAGCGGCUGGCAGGAGAGAUUUGUGGGCGUUUGGGCGACAUUAUUUCGACUACGGUCGUUCAUGGCCUCUGGUUUGAUAUUCACGGCGCUAUGUGUGUUGAGGAAAUCGAUGACGCCGAGGUUGAACUUAUGCGACGGAUCAGAGGUGUUAUCGGUCCUGAUAUCAUUGUGUCGGCGUCGAUGGAUUUACAUGGAAAUGUGUCUAGAGAACUAGCUCACGAGUUGGACCUUUUAACCUGUUAUCGGACAGCUCCCCAUGUAGAUGAGUCAGAUACUAAAGAGCGAGCGUGUUGCAACCUUGUUGGCCUUCUUGCGCAGGCUUCUGACACCGCUGGAGGUCCGGUACGACUCCUCAAAGCAUGGAUUCCGGUGCCCAUAUUACUGCCCGGAGAGCAAACCUCUACGCGUAUAGAGCCGGCCAAGAGUCUUUAUGAGGCUGUGCCUGAAGUGGAGGCAGAAUCGGGGGUGAUCGAUGCCGCGAUAUGGGUCGGAUACCCCUGGGCCGACGAGCCUCGAAAUCGCGGCUCUAUUGUUGUCACGGGAUGGGAUGAAACGGCCAUUGCUGCUGGGGCGGAACGUUUGGCAAAGAGGUUCUGGGACUCGCGCAAGGAUUUCAAGUUUGUCGCACCGACAGCAUCAUUCCGAGAGUGUAUCGACACUGCGUUGGCCUCACCUGUCCACCCUUUCUUCAUCUCCGACUCAGGUGAUAACCCGACUGCGGGCGGUUCAGGCGAUGUGACCUGGGGACUGACACGGCUACUUGAGCGAUCUGAGUUCAAGGACCCUUCCGGGCCGACAGUUAUAUAUGCUAGCGUCCCGGGGCCGCAAGCUGUCCAGACAAUGGUUGAGGCAGGCGUCGGUGCUAAUGUUACCGUUACUGCGGGAGCGGAAGUGGACCAUAUCCAUGCCGGUCCUAUCACUAUGACGGGACGCGUUCAUUCGAUCAAGCAUGGCGACAAGGACGCUGUAAUCGAGGCAGUCUUGCAGGUUGGCAGUGUGUUUGCGAUUCUGACUCAACUUCGCAAACCUUACCAUCACGAGCGUGACUUUACUGAUCUCAACCUGAACCCUCGUGCUACGGAUAUAGUGAUCGUUAAGAUUGGAUACCUAGAGCCGGAACUGUUUGAUAUGGCUGCAGACUGGAUGCUUGGGCUCACUCCAGGUGGUGUGGACCAAGACAUCAAGCGACUAGGGCAUAAACGCAUUCGUCGGCCGAUGUGGCCUUUCGAUACUACUUUUCAGGAGCCCCCCGAUUUAACGGCACGGAUGAUUGCGAAGUCUAAUGAACCGAUGGAUGGACCUGAUGAGUGACAGGAUCUAUGUCUUAAAUGUUCUGCAAUAGCUAAAUGGGUAAGGUGGACAUGCUUGAGCAUAC